CAAGAGUCCAGGCUGGCCCCCGGGGGGGGGCGCGCGCCUGGCCCGAAAUAGCUUGUUUUGAUCCCGCCACCUGGCCAGGAGCCCAGGCCUGGCACUUGGCGCAACCAGCUGCUCCUGCAGCAAGAUGGAAGCAGGUGACCGGGCGGGACGGUCCUGCAGGUCCGACUGAUGGAGGGAUGUCCAUUAGAGAGGGGACAGUCUCCCUGAUUGCCCCUACCACGGGAAAAACGGUUGUUGGAAUAGUCUGGACGAGAUUCCCGCCGCAAGAAGGUUGUAACACAAGGCUGCGCGGGUACUUUAGAACCCCUCCUAACCUUGAACAGUUUUAUAUUCUCUCCAUUGGUCCACAGGCUUGCCAAUCACUGCUGCACGUUAUGGUUCUCCAAUCACACACGCUCUCUCAGUCAGGCUGCCUUUACAGCCAGUUGUGAGACACCCGCCUUUGGCCACUUUCCAAUUACUGUUCAUCAUUGGUCGCCUUGGAGGCGGCUGUAGUCCCGCGAGGGCACCCGGAGGGGGCGGGGCUGAUAGGGCAUUGCUAAGCGACCGAGAGGCGCUGGGUCGGUCCGUGAAGGGGAGUUGCAGGCGGAAGCGCGGAAGUAGCCACCAGAUGAACCGCAGCCUGCCAGUUUUCAACGCUCAAGACAGCCCCUUUGGGGAUGCUCCCCUGGGUCAAAGCUAGACCUGGCACCCCAAGACCCUGAGUCCAUCCAGGUCCCCGAGAUCCAGGAUCCCAGAAACACCCAAGGCUCUGGCCACAGAUCCCAACUCCCCUGAGCUAUUUGAGGAGUCCUGGCCAUCCAGGUCAGGGACCCUUUCCCCACCCAGCACCACUGAGGAACAGAUGGGUGCCUCCUCACCACCCACCCUGAUGGACAGUGGUGACUCCGUGGUGGCCAAGUUCAUAAACCGGUUCCGCCAGGCUCAGCCCACAAGCCGAGAGGAACGCCAGCCUGCAGGCCCAACCCCAGCUGACUUUUGGUGGUUGCGGCCUGAAUCUCCAGACCCUAGUAGUCGACUUGCAGCAGCAGGAGCCAAUAAACCAGAAGGAAGACUCACCACGGAAGUCCCGACUCUUGCCAAGGUGGCCAGUGCAUCACAGGCUAAGGCUAUGGCCCCCCUUCAGGAAAUAAAGCAGAGCCUCAGCACAUGGAACUCAUCUCUGCUGGACCUGGAGAUGCUGAGCCUGCAAAGCAGAGCUGCCAGGCUGCUGAAACACAGCAAGGCCUCCGUCUCCUCCUCCUGCAGCCCCAGCAAUUCCAGCAAUUCCUUAUUCCCUGUCAGCUCUGAUGGUCUUUCUCCUUCCUCUGUGGCCUUCACCCCUGACUCCAGCAAGGGCUCUGACCCCAAGGCACAUGCAACUCCCGCACCAGCCCCCAUCCCUGCGCCAGCCUUGGUCUCCUCCCAGGCACCCCUGCGGCCAGAGGAUGAUAUUCUGUACCAGUGGCGACAGCGGCGGAAGCUUGAACAAGCUCAAGGAGGUCAGGGUGACGGAACCUGGGUGCUGCCAGGGACCUCUGCCCUCACUACUCCGGUCCCUGUCCCCGUCUGUCUGCAUACCUCGCCUGCCCCUGCGGAGACCCUUAGUUCCCUGGGAACACAGCCUAACUGCAUCCCACUUUGGGGCAGUGUGGCCGGGCCUGCUCCCCAGGAAGCCUAUGUGGAGAGGCCUCCUAUUCCCCCAGGGUUCUCUCCACACAUCUUUCGGGGCCCCUACCCCCAAGGGUUUUUCUGGGCCCCACAGACCGGUUCCUGGGUAUCUUUUGGGGGCGUCCCCCACACGCCCUGUGCCUCUACUCCUGGGCCCCCUAUCACUCCCCAGGGCCCGCCCACCCCUGCGCCAUGUAGCUCCGCCCAGCUCGAGAGGCAGGACCCCAAACCUCGGAAGGGUAGAGCCUGGCGCCCAGAAUCUGCUGGGCGAGUCAUGGUGGCUGACCAGGAGCCCAGCCCGCAGCUCCGCGGCCCUCUGGGCCAGGUAGUGACCGCUCGGCUCUUCCCCGACAGCCUGGAGGACACGCCCCCUCGACCCAAGGGCCUGCCUCCACCUCUGGCUGAAUCUCAGAAAAUGAAGACCGCACAACCCAAAACUAAGGUUAUGCCCCGGUGCUCAGAAGUUACCUCCCCUCCAUUGGAUUCACGGUUUCCUCAGGCGACCCCACCUGGUCGGCCUCAGGCUGAGUCUCGAGAUGCCAAAGCCACGCCUCCCGCGGAGGAGUGGGUGCUUUGCAAGGAAGUCAGGAAUCCUCAGCCCAAGGCCCCGCCCCCUCCAGCUGAAGAGGCUUCCACCGCGGUUGAGGCCCCGCCCCCUUUGGUCGAGGCGGGGUCUCUAGAGGCUGCGGUCACCUCCUCGCCCGCUGCUGACCACGCCCCCCCAGAGGACCUGCUCUCCCAGGCCGCGAGGCUUCUGCAAGCUGCUGAAGAUUCCGACAGCAGCGAGUUCCAGGAGGACCCUGUGCUGCAGGUGCUAAGGGUUCAGAGGGCCGAGCUGCGGCGGCAGAAAAGGAAAGUGGACGCCCAAUUAUCCCUCCUACUGGGUCACACUGAAGACUCAGGGUCUUGGUCUCCUCCAGCCAGGUCGACCCCCAGGUCCCCAAGGAUGCGGCUGAGGAGGGAAGGGGCCUCACUUGAGGCCAGAAGACUUUGAAUUGUAGAAAUUUCGUUUUUCCCAAUGAAAUGCUCUUUUCGGGUUACAGGUUGUCUCUGAGAAAAGAGUCUGGAAAGGCCAAGAGUCAUGCUAAUUUAGGGAAAUAGCCCCCCCCCCCCUCCUGCCCACCCCUACCCUAGUUACUGACGGUGGUACAGAAUCUCUUCUAGUUUUAUCCUCUUUGAGGGCAAGGCAGGGGAGGGGUUCCAGGCAAAGCUUCAGGCAGGACUGGGACUCAUCUUAACUCGGGAGUGGAUCCUCCUGUCUCAGAUGAGACAGAAGGAACUUCCCUCUUGGUAUGAAGCUAUCAGAGUGUUGGACAAUGGUUAGUCCUCAGUCCACAUCCUGCUUGAACCAGCACAGUAUUUGGUUCAUUGAUCCCACCCUCCUUGAAGCUUUUCCUUCCCCUCCCUCUAGCAUCACUAACAUGUCACUUUGGUGUGUCCCAGGGCUCUGGUCUUAACUUCUCUAUCUAAACUCAUUCCCAUGUGCUAUUGUAGCUUCCUGGCUCUACAUCCUAUCUCUAUUCUGAUAGUCCCUAAAUUUAUAUCUUCAGUCUAGACCUGGCCACUAAACCUCAGGCUUCUAUAUCCUGCUACCUGCUCAUCCUCACUCAGAGGUCUAAGAGAUGUGCCGUACUGCACAGGUCUUAAACUGAGCUCCCAAUCUUCCCCUAAACCUGCUCCUCCCAAACUUUCCUCAGCUUUGUCCUUCCGCUCAGUCCAAAAGCCUCAUAGUCGUCCUUGACUCCUCUCUUUUCCUCAUACCCACAGUCAGUUGACCAGCAAGUCCUGUCAGGUCUACCUUUAAAAUCUAUCCAGAAUUUAACCCCUUCUUCCCCUUCCAUGGCCCUCACCUUAGUCUAAGCUAUCAUUAUCUGUUUGGACUAUUAAAAACCUGUUUGUUUUGUCAGCAAGUUCUUUGAAACAUUUCUUAUAAAAAAGUAGAAUCUAGAUUUCUUCUCCUUGAAACUGGAUAGAACUUUUUGACCGCCUCCAUAAACAGAAUGCAGAGAAAGUGAUACUGCUUUAAAUUUCUAAACUGGAUUAGAAAAGAUGAUAUAAUUUC